UUUAGCUAAGUUUUCAGUACAACAACCUUUUGUUUCAAACCCAUUAGUUUUUGUUUUGUUUUCUUUUUUUUUUGGUUUUACAUUUUUUCAUCUUUUUGCAGUCAUUAUGAGAGCUUUCGUCCUCCAUAAUCCCAUCUCAUUGGAACCAAAAUUGAUUACAAAGAGGUUGGAUUUUACAUGCCAUAACCGACGUUGCAUGGAUAAUGGGUUACUAACGUGGAAGAAAAGUAAUAAGAAUAUGGUAGUGUUUUGCCAAAGCAGCAAUGGAAAUGUAAAAACUUCUAAUGGGUUACCUUCAAUACUGACUGAAAGAUCACCAGCAUUAUCAUCUGUGCCCGCCACACUUGCCGCGACAGUUGACCAUGGUACUGCUACAAUUUAUGCUGGCAGCUUGGUUUUAUCAUCACAAACUACUGCAAACCAAGAAGAUGUAGCAUUGAAGGACUUGGUUCCUUACAAAAGAAUCAAUAACACAUUCAUGGAAUUCCCUGAAGGAAUUGGGAUUGUUAGAUUUCUUAAAGGAAAAAAACUUCUUAUUACUGGGGCAACUGGGUUCUUAGGCAAAGUUCUAAUUGAGAAGAUUUUGAGGACUGCGCCCGAUGUCGGUAAGAUAUAUGUUAUGAUAAAAGCAAAAAACAAGGAUGCAGCAGUUGAGAGAUUAAAGAAGGAAAUCAUAAACACAGAACUUUUUAAGUGUCUACAACAAACCCAUGGAAGAUCUUACAACACUUUCAUGCUGAGCAAAUUGGUUCCUGUUUUGGGAAAUGUCUGUGAAACUAAUCUUGGUAUUGAACCAUACUUAGCUGGUGAAAUUGCAAAUGAAGUCGAUAUAAUAGUUAAUUCUGCGGCUAAUACCACAUUCGACGAAAGGUAUGAUGUUGCUAUGAACAUAAACACCCGAGGACCUUAUCGGCUUAUGACCUUGGCAAAAAGGUGCAAGAAGCUUCAACUAUUCUUGCAAGUAUCAACUGCCUAUGUUAACGGACAAAGACAAGGUAGAAUCUUGGAAAAACCAUUUUCUAUCGGGGAUAGCAUAGCAAGGGAACAACUCAUAUCUGAUACCCAUGCAAGAGCUCCGCCGCUGCUGGAUGUUGAAGCUGAAAUGAAGUUGGCCUUGGAUUCAAAAGAGACUUUUCAAGAAAAUUUAGUAUCUCAAAAAAUGAAAGAAUUGGGUUUAGAAAGGGCGAGGAUCUACGGUUGGCAAGACACAUAUGUGUUCACUAAGGCCAUGGGAGAAAUGGUGAUCGACAAUAUGAGAGGGGAUAUACCUGUAGCCAUAAUACGUCCGAGUGUCAUUGAGAGUACUUACAAGGAACCUUUUCCAGGAUGGAUGGAAGGAAACAGGAUGAUGGAUCCAAUAGUCUUAUACUAUGGUAAAGGCCAACUAACAGGUUUUCUAGUUGACCCAAAAGGAGUUCUUGAUGUGGUACCGGCCGACAUGGUGGUGAAUGCAACCUUAGCAGCCAUGGCAAAGCACGGCGAAGCAGGGAAACCAGGAAUAAAUAUUUACCAAAUUGCAUCUUCUGUAGUGAACCCAUUGGUGUUUCAAGAGUUAGCUGGUCUGCUUUUUGAACAUUUCAGCUCCUCACCGUACAUGGAUUCAAGAGGAAGACCAAUACAAGUACCUAAAAUGAAGUUGUUUAGUUCAAUGUGUGAUUUCUCUUCGCAUAUUUGGUCCGAGGCAGUUCAAAGAAGUGGCCGAGUAUUGGUUCCAGCUGUUGCAUCUUCACAAGGGAAGUUGUCAAAAAGACUUGAUGUUAUUUGCAGGAAAUCUGUUGAGCAGGCGAAGUACUUGGCUAAUAUAUAUGAACCAUAUACAUUCUAUGGCGGAAGAUUUGAUAACUCAAAUACUCAGAAGUUAAUGGAACUGAUGUCCGAGGAAGAAAAACGAAGCUUCGGGUUUGACGUUGGAAGCAUAGACUGGAAGGAUUACAUAUCAAAUGUUCAUAUUCCUGGCCUGAGGAGACAUGUCAUGAAGGGAAGAGGAAUGAGCAAUGCUUAAUAUGAUACCAUAAAUAAAAACACGAAAUACAUGUGUGUAAUAUAGUAACUUACUAAUU